AUGGAAGAUGAAGUUGCUGCCCUCGUCAUUGACAACGGUUCCGGUAUGUGCAAGGCCGGUUUCGCUGGCGAUGACGCCCCUCGUGCCGUUUUCCCCUCUAUCGUCGGUCGCCCCCGUCACCAGGGUAUCAUGGUCGGCAUGAACCAGAAGGACUCCUACGUCGGUGACGAGGCUCAGUCCAAGCGUGGUAUCCUUACCCUCAGAUAUCCUAUCGAGCACGGUAUCGUUACAAACUGGGACGAUAUGGAGAAGAUCUGGCACCACACUUUCUACAACGAAUUAAGAGUUGCCCCUGAGGAGCACCCUGUCCUUCUUACUGAGGCUCCCAUAAACCCCAAGUCCAACAGAGAAAAGAUGACCCAGAUUAUCUUUGAAACCUUCAACGCCCCUGCCUUCUACGUCUCUAUUCAGGCCGUCCUUUCCCUUUACGCCUCUGGUCGUACCACCGGUAUUGUCCUUGACUCUGGUGAUGGUGUUACCCACGUCGUCCCCAUUUACGCCGGUUUCUCUCUUCCCCAUGCUAUCAUGCGUAUUGACUUGGCUGGUAGAGAUCUUACUGACUACCUCAUGAAGAUUCUUUCUGAGCGUGGUUACUCUUUCUCUACCUCUGCUGAGAGAGAAAUUGUCCGUGAAAUCAAGGAGAAGCUCUGUUACGUCGCUCUCGACUUUGAGCAGGAACUCCAGACUGCUUCCCAGAGCUCCUCCCUUGAGAAGAGCUACGAACUCCCUGAUGGUCAGGUCAUCACCAUUGGCAACGAGCGAUUCCGUGCUCCUGAGGCCCUUUUCAACCCCUCUGUUCUGGGUCUUGAGUCUUCUGGUAUCCACGAGACCACUUUCAACUCUAUCAUGAAGUGUGAUGUUGAUGUCCGUAAGGAUCUUUACGGAAACAUUGUCAUGUCUGGUGGUACCACCAUGUACCCCGGUAUUGCCGAGCGUAUGCAGAAGGAGAUCACUGCUCUUGCUCCUUCUUCCAUGAAGGUCAAGAUUAUUGCUCCUCCCGAGAGAAAGUUCUCUGUCUGGAUUGGUGGUUCUAUUCUCGCCUCCCUUUCUACCUUCCAGCAGAUGUGGAUCUCCAAGCAAGAGUACGACGAGUCUGGUCCUUCUAUUGUCCACAGAAAGUGCUUCUAA